AUGUCUGUGUUGACCGACUCAACUUCGGCGGAUGCCGCUGGCAAGUUCGUGGAUACCGACGUGGAUAUAGCUCUGGCUUGCUCUGAUGGGUUCUUGGAUCUCUCCCCAACUGCCGACCGUAUGAUGGUGGAUCCCCGCCUGGCGAUGCAGUUCCAUACCGGCAUCAGCGACAAGCCCCCCGAGCCAACCUUCGCCAUGUCUCCUUCACUCUGGGAUCAGCAGCUUGACCAUUCGACGCCAUUGUUUUGCCAGCCAAAGAACGGAGAAGACCCAAUGGAAAUCAGCGAUGAUAUCGAUCUGGUAGCAAUCACCACAUCGAACACUCAUGAACCAAUCGCAACAAGAAAGUCAUCCCGUACCUCGAGCAAUUCGUCAAUCCCGUCGCUUGUUUCUUCUGCCUCUUCCCAUACCUCGCAACCCAAGAAGCGAGUCCGGAAGCCUUCUCGAAAGAAGCAGCACUCGCCCUCAAAAGAUCUAAAAUCGGGCGCAAAGGAAGGGGACUCCAAGCGAAAUAAGUACCUUGAACGGAAUCGACUUGCCGCAUCUAAGUGUCGUCAGAAGAAAAAGGAAUGGAUGCACGAUCUCGAGGCAACCAAGGCGUUACUGGAGGCGAAGCACGCUGCUCUACAGCGGGAAUACAAUGCGUUGUUGCAGGAGGUCAGCCAAAUAAAGACCUUGCUGAUGGCACACUCGAACUGCCAUGAUCCAAACAUUGAUCAGUGGAUUGAAGGCGAGGCUAGGCGAUUCGUCAGAAAGUCGAUGGAUGGAUCCUUCAAUGCCUUGGGUCACCGCCCAUCCAUCACUCCAUCGUUGCCCGCGUCCGAGAGUCGCCAAAGCCCUAUCGCUAAUCAUUACUCACCGACGGCAUCAUCACCUGGCGCUGUAAGAUUCCCGGCGCAACCUAUCAAGCGGGAAGAUAUCAACUUCGAUCACAUGCCUGAUGACAUGUUUCAGUGA